UGCGAUAGUUGGAGGAAACCAGAAGUCUGCGAACAGCGUGGAAACUUUUUAGUGACUUCUCCUCCUCAGGAUUCAUGCAGCAGAGACACGUCUAGCAGACUGUAAGAGUAGACGCACAACUUUUUUUUUCUUUAAGGAAAGCUAGUUUUGACUCAUUAUUUUUUGUUACUCGGAGCACAUCAAACGUUUUAAAUGCAACGCUGUCUGAUCUAUGAGAAAACGAUGGCAGCCGAGACGAGGAACGGCGGGAGUUCGCUGAACAACAAUAACUGCAAAGACCACAGCAGGAGGAAGCUGCUGGUCGGAGUGGAUCUGUUCUGCCUGUUUUUAGCCGGCCUGCCUUUCUUGGUCAUUGAGACCAGCGCUGUUCAGCCUUACCGUAGAGGGUUUUACUGCGACGAUGAGUCCAUCAAGUACCCGGCCAAAAACGGAGACACCAUUAGCGACGGUGUGCUUAGCGCCGCUGGCAUUCUAAUCACCAUCCUGUCUAUCAUAAUCGGGGAGAGCUACAGGAUCUACUUUCUGAACGAGGGAUCCAAGUCUUUCGUGGGGAACCCCUACAUCUCCGCCCUCUACAAGCAGGUCGGCGUGUUCAUCUUCGGCUGUGCGAUCAGCCAGUCCUUCACCGACAUCGCUAAAGUGUCGGUGGGCCGAAUGCGCCCUCACUUCCUCGACGUGUGCAAACCCGACUUCUCCACCAUCAACUGCUCUCUGGGCUACAUCACCGACUACCAGUGUCAGGGGCCGGAGAGCAAAGUACAGGAGGCCAGGAAGUCUUUCUUCUCUGGACAUGCAUCGUUCUCCAUGUACACCAUGCUGUAUCUGGUGUUUUACCUGCAGUCUCGUUUUACUUGGCAUGGAGCUCGCCUGCUGCGCCCUUUGACCCAGUUCACCCUCAUCAUGAUGUCUUUCUACACCGGCCUGUCCCGGGUUUCCGACCAUAAGCACCACCCCACUGAUGUCCUGGCUGGUUUUGUACAAGGAGCCCUGGUGGCCUACUGCAUAGUAUUCUUUGUGUCCGACUUGUUCAAGCCCAAAGGAAGACGUUCUGCUCUGUCUCCGACCCCAGUGAAGAAAGACCUCGUUCCUGCAGCAGACAUCAGAGAAAGAAGCAACCACCUCAUCAUGGCGUAGAGAAGGCUGCAAGCUGACUGUACAUAACCCUGACCUGUGCCUUUUUUUAAAAUCACUACUACAGCCACUAGUCAAUACUGGAUGAAAUAAACUCCAACGACCUGGAAAAUGCAGACAAACAUGGAAUCUUGAACAUCUCGGAGGACGAGGAGAGACUGCGGAAAAACGGUCAAGAGAGUCGCGCUUUCUCAGUGGAAAACUUCAUCUUUUUCCUCGGGUCUCACCAGACGCUUUAAUGUGGAAAAGAGAGACAAGCGUCCGUUUUUAAUGCUCCUGUUCUGAAGAUUAUUCUCCUCCGUCGUCGAGGCCUUUCCGUGGACAAACAUCAGAAAUCAACUCAGAGACGGCAGCUGUAAACAAAGCUGUGUGUGGCUGCGCUCGUAUUCCUGCCAACCGACUAACAAAUCACGACAAGAAAACAAAUUCCUCGAUUUCAGGAAGGAUGUCGUUUUUAGUUUAUUACAAACGUUGUAUGUGUGAUUUUUUUUUUUUCUAGCACUAUUUUAGCUAAACUCAGUACUGUUCGUCACCACUUGAAUGACCCGAAGUGAAGCUUUCGGAUAGCUUUGUGUUGUGUGCGUAGCGUCGUUCCUGAGAAGUUGCAGUGCAGUGAGGUUUUGGAUGUGGGCCUCUUUCUGCUGGCUAGGACGAGCCCCCACUGAGCCAUUUAAUGAAAUGACUGUCUUGUUAUAUGUACCAGACGGGUGCUCACGAGUGUUAGAAUGUGUGUGUGAGAGAGAGAGAGUGUGUGUGUGUUGGGUGUGUCCCUGCGAGUUUGUCUUAAUGUCAAGUCUAUAUAUUUCAGUGUUUAUAGCCUACAAGUGUGCCUCUCUCCGGCCAGAGAGCAGACACCUGCUACAACAGACUCAUGUAACCCAAGACGGGAGCACUGUGGGGGGUUGUGGGGGGUGGAAGCAUCAGUACUUUGUGCUUUACUGUUACUAACCAUAGCGACGGUUCACGUCGCUGAGAAAUCCUGUGAUAUACUGGAUGUUAUGCAGGCGCAACGCAGUAGGACAUCGAUACCAAAGCAGAGUUUUAAAACUGUUCUGGCACAUUGUAAAUGCUCAGUAACUCAUACAAUAGAGCUGGAAAUGAGGCUCUGCAUGAUAAUAGACAGACGACUUAAAAUGUAUUUUAAUUCACUUUUUAGCAAAAAAAUAAUUAUUAUAAUAAUAAAAACCACUGACCAAAAACGCUCAGUUUUAACUCACUGAGUCAAGCUUGACACUUGUAGUUUUUCUUAAUACGUAACCUGUAAAUCGACUAUAUUUAGCAUCAAAACAUUCUACAUGCUAACCAUACAUUGUACAGUGCUGUAUCAUGUGUGUACAUAUACAUAUAUAUAUAUGUGUGUGUGUGUGUGUGUGUGUGUGUGUUUGGAAGAAACACCCACUACGUGUCGAGACCUGUGUAAAUGUAAAACGUGCUGCUUGGAAAAAAAAAUCAAAGCUUGGCAAAUGUCAUCCAGUAAAGUGUGAAUAUUCUUUGAAAACAACAAAGCUCUCAAAGCGGACUGCUUCAGUACAUUUUUAUUAUAUAAAAAUAAAAAAUAAAAUCCCUUUCAGUAUUUUUGUAAUGUCGUGUGAAAUUUUGUACGAUGAAACUGUAUCGAAGAUAAAAUGUCUUUAAUAAAACACAAAAGAUCAAGC